AUGGCACAAAUCACACGUCGAUUGAACAAUAACAGUGAGAUCAGUCAAAGAAAUUUCGGCGUUCAUUAUAAUAUUGCUCAUACGACGAUUGAGCGUAAUUUAAUGCAACGAACAAGUAUUCGACCCAGAAAACGAAUCAAAGCACCAAAAUAUGUGAAAGAUCAAGAGAAACGCGCACAAAAGAAUUGCGGUGUUUUGUACCGUCAGAUUCCGAAGGAUUGUUUUAUCGUGAUGGAUGACGAAAAGUAUUUUGGUUUAAGUGGGGCUGAUAUUCCUGGAAAUGCAUUUUUCUAUACGAACGAUGCCUCCACUACACCACCGAACGUUAAAUACAAGCAGUAUCAAAAGUUUGAACCGAAACUGUUGGUAUAG